ACGGGUCGUGCUGGCCACUGAGUUUACAUUACGGUCUUUUCUCCUGCUUCGCCUCUUUCAAGAACCCCAUCCACCGCCAAAAGCCCCCCAAAACUUUCCCUUUCCGUGUGUGUAUCUGUAAGUAACAAUGGCGAUUAGCAUUCUCCCAGUCGAUGAACUCCGCGCCCAGCUCGCCCAACGCAACCUCAGCACCACCGGAACCAAGCCUACUCUGGUUCGGAGAUUAGAAGCGGCAAUUCGGGAGGAGAGUAAAAAAGCUACAGAUUCAAACAAUGUUUCUGAUAUCAACCGGAAGAGGCAAUGGGAUUCAGGCACUAAAGAUUCUGAUUGCGAUCCACCAAUGAAAAUUAAAGCUGUUGAUGAGUUUAGAAGCAUGAAUGUAAAGGAGCUUCGUGAACAAGCCGCUCUUCGAGGGAUUUCAACCGCUGGCACCAAGAAAGAAAUAUUGGAAAGGCUCUGCACAGAUGUUGAUGAGAAUUCUGGCGACAAUGAUCAAGCAGCCAAAAAGGAAAGCAACAGGGAGAAAAUGGUUAUAGCAAUGAAGAAAGGUUCUGCUGUAUUAGACAAAUGGCUGCCGGAGCAUAUUAAGGCUCAAUUCCACGUGCUGCAAGUAGGUGAUGAAAUCUAUGACGCCAUGUUGAACCAAACAAAUGUUGGGGGAAACAAUAACAAAUUCUAUAUGAUUCAAAUUCUAGAAUCCGAUGAUGGUGGGAAAUACAUGGUUUACUACAGAUGGGGAAGAGUUGGUGUGAAGGGUCAAGAUAAGUUGAAUGGGCCCUAUAUCUCACAACAAGCUGCAAUUUCUGAAUUCGAGCAGAAGUUCUUUGACAAGACAAAGAACAACUGGUUCAAUCGAAAAGAGUUUGUCACUCACCCUGGGAGCUAUACUUGGCUGGAAAUGGACUACAGUGAAACUGAAAAAGAACCAUCCGUUCAAGAAGAGCAUAAACCUACAAUGAAAGUUGAACCUCAAGAAUCAAAGCUGGAGGCUUGCAUUGCAAAGUUUAUAUCUCUUAUUUGCAAUAUCAGCAUGAUGAAGCAACAAAUGAUGGAAAUAGGAUACAAUGCUGAGAAAUUGCCAUUGGGAAAACUAAGCAAAUCAACAAUUUUGAAGGGUUAUGAUGUCUUGAAAAGGAUUGCUGACGUGAUCAGCAAGUCAGAUAGGAAAAUGCUUGAGCAAUUAAGUGGGGAAUUUUACACUGUAAUUCCUCAUGAUUUUGGUUUUAGAAAAAUGAGUCAGUUUAUCAUCGAUACUCCCCAAAAGUUGAAAAGCAAACUGGAAAUGGUUGAAGCACUUGGUGAAAUUGAGCUUGCAACAAAGUUGUUGGUGGAUGAUAUUGAAAUGAAGGAUCCAUUGUAUUCUCAUUAUCAACGGCUUCAUUGUGAAUUGGUGCCACUUGAAGUUGGUUCGAGGGAAUUUUAUAUGAUUGAGAAGUACAUGAAGAAUACUCAUGCGAAGACGCAUUCAAAUUAUACUGUUAAUAUUGUUCAAGUAUUUAAGGUGUCAAGAGAGGGUGAAACUGAACGUUUUGAAAAGUUCUCUAAAACCAAAAAUAGAAUGCUUCUGUGGCAUGGUUCUCGGCUCACAAACUGGACUGGAAUUUUGUCCCAAGGUUUGCGCAUUGCUCCUCCGGAAGCACCAGUAACAGGUUACAUGUUUGGGAAAGGUGUUUAUUUUGCUGAUAUGUUCUCGAAAAGUGCUAAUUAUUGCUAUUCAAGUCCUACUGCCGCAUCUGGUGUGCUCCUUUUAUGUGAGGUUGCUUUGGGAGACAUGGCUGAAUUGCUAGUAGCAAAUUAUAAUGCUGACAAAUUGCCUGAGGGGAAGCUUAGCACUAAAGGAGUUGGCGCCACGGCUCCAGAAUUUUCAAAUGCUGAAUUGCUUGAAGAUGGGUUGCUCGUUCCCCUUGGAGAGCCGAAAAAGCAACCUGGGCAAGAGGGUAGUUUGUUGUACAACGAGUACAUAGUAUACAAUGUGGAUCAGAUUAGAAUGCGGUAUGUUGUCCAAGUUGAUUUCAAAUUCGAGGGACACUAACAGCGGCACAGUUUCUUCUUUUGGGGAAUAGUCCAUUUGGUAGUUAUUUUCUCGCUGCCUUUCUUUGAGAUGUAUGCAUAAGUUUCUUGAUUUUUAUGACAUGUUUGGUAACAUAGAUGGAGAUACCAGACAAUAUUGUAGAAAGAAAUUAAAAUCUCGUUCUCUCCAAUGUAACAAACAUGGCUUAGUCUUGUGGGCUUGGAUUACUGUCCUUUGUGGCUACCUCUCUCUAGGAUGUAUGUAUAAUUUCCCAAGCUCAUGAGACUCUUGUGACAUGUUAACGUAGGUUGGGUAACAUAAAAGAAAAUAUAAAUAAAAAUAUGAAUCUUGUUCUAUUAUGUUUUCAA